AUGUUCUUGCCCUGCCCUUUCUUGGGUCGGGGAGCCAAACAUCGGCAGACGCUCACUGAUGCCGCGGAGUACCACGAGGCCGCCAUCAAGAUCCAGCGCCACUGGCGCCAGCGCCCACCCCGCCGCGUGGCGCUGCUGCGCCUCAUCAACUCGGAGGCCCGCCGUCGCCACCAGAAGCGACCGAGCUUCCAGAUGCGAGCAGCAGUGUGCGAGGAGAUGGCGCGUGACACCGCAAAGGAUCCCACGUUGAAGCGGGGCCCCAGCAUUUGGCAACUCAUGCAGUGCUCCACGGUGAUCAAGGAGGUUCUGGAGGAUGUGCGCGGAGCAUCGAAGCUCUGCCACUCCCUCAGCGGAGGCCUGGCCAUCAUGACCGAGGCCACCCGGCGCAAGGAGGCAACCCGUAGCCGGCUGCGCGACGCCAGGCGGCGCGUUUGGCCAAAGCUCCAGGCGGUCCUGGCUUGGACCCAGUGCUUGGAGCAGAGGCGGCGUGCCGAGGUCGACUGGGAUGCCCUGCGCCGCCUCGCCGCCACUCCGUUUGUUUUCUCGCCCAAGGCUUCAGACUGCGCGGCCGAGGUCAAGGGCUUCGACGCGGAGCCCUGCUCCCCGGUGUCGGUGCCCUGCGCAUAG